GCCCGCAUCAUCGUCGACCUGCUCGUGUCUACCUUCUUGGCAGCCUCUUCUGCCACUUCGGGAAACUUCGUGCCUGCUACCAACGGAAGCGAACCCAGCGUCUGCCUCCUCCCUGACGCCUAUGCUUCAGGACGUUUGACAGCGCCUCCAGCACCGCUGUGGAUCAUCGAAACUAAUCCAGCUACCGUAUCGCCAUCGACAACAUCAUAUGCGCAACCUAUAAAGCUGCAACCACCGUCCACCGCGCACUGUGGGCUUCGCGGCUGUGCCACCACACAGACCGCUAACCAGUUCAUCCUGAUCAUGCAGGUUAGUUGUUGGUAUCAAGCUCCUUCUAAAAAAUCAAGUGAUUACUGUUUGGUGCAGCUGCCAAGCCCACAGUGCUGCAUUUUACUUAUGUCUGAAUGUAUCGAAGUCAUACGUGCCUUGCUACAGCUAUCAGGGGACAUAGAGACAAACCCCGGUCCUGAAAAAGCCGUCCUCGACGAACUAAAAAAAUUGUCUACUGGCCAGGCCACACUAAUAUCCGAGAUGCAGAGCCUCAAAACCCAGCUAACGAGCACAAACUGCACUAUUGCUAAUCUAAGCACCCGCCUCACAGACUUAGAAAAUCUCUGCAAAAAUCUUUUAGCUCUCCGAACAGAUGUUGACGCCAUUAGCACUAAGACCGGUCAACUAACCCAUCGUAUGUGCGAUAUUGAAGAGCGCCUUGACGACCUCGAGAACCGUUCCCGGCGCAACAAUUUAAUAUUCUACGGUUUUCCUGACACUAACCCGAAGGAAACAUACGUUCAAUCGGAGCAAAUAAUCGUAAGCCACUGUCUUGAACGCUUUGAUCUUAUAGUCGAGCCCAAAGAUAUAGAGCGAGCACAUCGACUAGGGCGUUACACCACUAACCGCAAACGACCCAUCAUAGUGAAGCUUUCAUCCUUCAAAACUAAAGAAUCUAUCCUCUCAAACGGUCCAAAACUAAAAGGCACAAAUUUCAGCAUUGGGGAAGACUUCACGCGUCCAGUUCGAACCGCCAGAAAACAGCUCAUUGCCUUUGCUAGGAGCAAAUCCGUACCAUUUUCAUUACGUUACAAAACAUUGCAUAUUGGAGCCCAGCGAUAUAUCUUUGACACUGCAUCAGGAACUGUCAAAGCCGUAUCGUAGGGAUCAUGUCGCCG